AGCGGAAACCUUUCCCUACUUCAGGUCCUCAAGAAGCACUUGAUUGACAGCAACUAUGACAAGGGAACACCACCUUACUUUAAAGGUUUGAGCCCAUUGGCAGUUUGAGUACUUUAAAUCGCGUUACACCAGGACGUCAUACGGGUUGGCCUUAGUAGAGGGAGAGAAUUUGCGCAUGGCAAGAAAAGUACUUUAAAGCUUACUCGAGCUGUUUAAUUAAAGUUUGGCUAAUUCGACCACGGAGCAGCAAAAAGCGAAGGGGAAUACUCACUUUUGACACUUUUCGAACACAAAAGUUAAGGCAGGAGUAUAAUGGAAACUGGAAGCUACCCAAUAAUUAGCAAGCUCAAGAAAAGUUCGAUUCAGUGGUACACAUUUUAAAGAAAGAACAUCCCAUGUCUUAAAAAUUGAAAACGCGAAUUAUAGGUUAUCGCGCUAUUUGACUGACGCCAUAUGAAAAGAACGCAAAACAAAAAGGAGAUCUAGAAGUGCCUUAGUUUGUUAAUAUAUCGACAAUUAAUUUCCUUUCAGUGAAUUCCACGCUAAUCGAUCUUGACGUUUAUAUUGACACAUUUGGUAAAGUGGAAGAAGUAAAUAUGGUAGGUUAUUUAAUGAUUUUAUGGUUCAGAGGGACUCAGUGUGAGCCUUUAAAAUUCCAGCGCACUUUUACUGAAUGGGAAGGUCUCACGGCCUGAGAAGCCUCUCCUGCAUGUAUCACCCUCCAGGGUUUCUUCUUUUCUAUAAGUUAUAUUUUCAUGUGCGCCACCAAACGGUACGCUUUUUCUACCCAACUAUUUUGAUCUGAACUGAAUAACAUUUUGUGCUUCCUGAAGCCAGAGUUUGGAAUAAGGUGUUUAUUUUUUAUCCUUGGUCUGUUGAGAACAGCAGAUUAUAGAGACGUCUGGCUGAAGCAGUUAUACCGUCAGAGAUCCGGCAACAACGAACCAGUGAGUUAUAUUUAUGCGUUGUAUGGACCUCUGUAUUCAAAGGUUUAGGGUUCGAAAAGUCUCAUAUUUUUCUCUGAAAUUGGAUGGGGUGGGGGGAGGGCAGGAAGAUUGUCUCAACCCCACCUCUAACGAAUUUUCCGGGAGUAACCCCUAGGUGCUGCUCUUUUAUAAUCAGUAAAUUUAUUUCAAAUUACUGUAAUACUACGUACAGUAAAAAUAAUACUUUAAUACCUAAUUCAAAAGUGAAAUUAGAACACAAGCAGCCAUGUCAAAAAUGGUAAACCAACGCAUUUUUUUGAAAAAUUUGAAUAGAAAUGCAAUGGACUACGAGCAAAAGUCACGAGGGCUCUGGCGUCUUCAUGACGUGUCUGUAGCUUGUGAUUACUCACGCAGUACUUCUCCAAAUAGGCUACUAUUAGGCUAGUUUAUAUACAGCUAUUUCGAGAAAGGUUGUCGGAAAAAAAUGUGCACGCGACAAUCCCGAAAGGUAAUAUGGGAUACUUGAUCAAUACAAGUGACUUUGUAGCUUCCUUCAGCACUCGCAAACAUGUCCAUGGCCUCUCCUUCCAUUCUAUCAACUUUUUUUGAAGAACAGUGAACUCAGAACCACCCACAAUAACUUUCCGGAUUGUCGCGUGCACUUUUUCCGACAGCCUUUCUCGAAAUAGCUGUAUAUAAAUACCGUAACCCUCUAUCAAGGCCACCCUCUCAAAUAGCCUCCCUCCCUAUAUAAAGCCUCCUUUUUCGUGGAGAAAGUUAUCAACCCCCCUUUUUAAGUCCCUCUCCUCCCCCUUUAUUCUUAAAUGAUAGACUGUAUUUAUCAAUCAUGACUGUAGAAGACUUCACGUGGACUGACCCGGUAUGAUUUAUAAGUUCAAGUGCUGGAAUAACCUGUGCACAGACGCCCCCCUCUCCUCAGAAAAAUUUAAGGAGAGAGACGCAUGUGAAUGGCCGUCGUUAACUUAAAAUUCGCGUUAACUCGAACUAAAUUUCCUUUCACCUGAUCAAAUUUCACCAAAAUUUACCCCGAUAACUCGAAUUCUGGUUCUUAUGACUCCCCUCGGACGCCAUUUAAGGCAUUAGCUCGCGGUUGUGUAAUCAGUAAAAAAAUGUAACACGACUGCGCGUUUUAUCAUAAUAAAUCACGUAAUCAUGUCACCGUUUUAUCGAUGAAGUAAGUAAUUUUGCACUCAAUAGUGUACACCCAGUGAAGUUCUAAAAAAUCACAUACCAAAUUGAAGAUUCAAUCGACGCCGAUAACUCGAAUCCCCACUAACUCGAACUGUUUCCCUUCAGGGUGCGAGUUACCGGGGUUCUACAGUGUAAAUUCAAUGCCAACUUUUUCUCCAACAGGAAAUAGGAGCAUACGUAUACUUUCGUCAACAAUGGACGGAUCCCCGCAUCGCAAACGUCAUUAAUUCGACAGUUUGGAUGAAGGGAGAAGAUAUUAUGAUGCUGUGGAAGCCUGAUACUGCAUGUUAUAAUUCCCGCGGUGAAACGAAUCUGGACAAAGAGGACAAACACAUACAUUCCGUUAUGAAGUUGUUCCCAAAUGGCACUGUAUACUACUCAAGAAAGUAAGCUUCUACUUAGGUUCGUGAUUACAGCCAGGCGCGGAUCCACCCCUGUCCACCGUUUUAAGGAAAUCGGUCCAGUCAUAAUAAACAUAUUCUUAAAUAGAAUUUUCCAAGUUGAAAUCUGGAAAAUGGGGUGGACAAAUGUUUUCUUUUUAUCAAUUUCCGUGCAUUAGAUGCUCCCUCAAUAAAUCAGAAUCCCGGGAAAGGGAACUUUAGGGAGUUAAAAUAAAAUAAUACAAAAAAAAACCGGGGAUGCAUGCCCCGGGAGGCCUUCAAACUUGUUUAGGAAAUCGGUCACUAUUUAUGAGAGACAGCAAAAUUAGAACCGGGUUUUUUGUUCAAAAGUGAAAAAUACCAGAAACCUAGGGAAGUUUUAGGGGUGUACGGACACGGGAGGGGCCAAACUAUUACACUGUUUAAGACAAAAAUUGUCAUUUUAUUUUUCAGCGAAACCCCAUUUACGGACACGGGGUACAUUUUUCAGUCUUUAAGUAUAUGAAUGGAUGGGGAUUUCACUAGUUAAAGUAUAAACAAAAGGGUGGGGAAGAGAAAUGUUUCAUCAUUUGGUCUGUAAAAACUCCCAAAAGACCUGACAGAUGCAUUUUAUGGCUGUGAGAAAGUCGAGAAAGCGUGUGAUUUAUUGAGAUGUUGAAGACAGUGCAUUUACAGCAGCUGAAAGAGAUGCAAAGUUCUAAAACCCUCUAAACCGGCUACGUAUAUGAAAGGGGUGCCAUUUUUGUCAAUAGAAGGGAUACAAUAGGGGUACCUCUUCUGUCAAGAAUUGUAUAGAUAAAAGAGUAAUUAAGGGGUUUGACCUCGGAACGGAGCCUCUCCGUAUAAAACGUUGUUGAUUACCUCCCUCCCCUGGCCCAACGGAAGUCAGUUGGGUAGGUAGAAAGGGCGCGACAAACGUUUUCAGAUUUUAACCCUGACUUAGGAAAUUUCCUUAAUUCUCCUUCUACAGCACUCACUUGGUAGCAGCCUGUGAUAUGAACCUGCGUAACUUUCCAAUCGAUACUCAAAAUUGCACCUUUACUUUUGGAAGCUGUAAGUAUGCUUCACUUUGUUCAAUAAAUUAAAAUUCUCCUUAAUUAAUGGGCCCUUUGCUGAAUAGGGUCACAUGGCACAAAAAGAAAACCACCUUGCUGGAUGGAAAACGGCGCAGUGAAACCUGGAAAAGAAAGGAAGUCAAGUUUUUGAAUGAUGUAAUGUCUUUGUCUUUCUUGCCCUUCUGCGCCGUUUUGUUUUGUUUUGUUUUUUUUUAUCAUGUAACAGUAUUCUGAAAAAGUGGUGUCAUGCACGGAUCAUUUAAUUUUGACGAGGGGGGAGAGAGAUUUUGGGCAAUUUCUCUUCUGAUUUUUCAUGAGCUGUUUUCGUGCCACAAACGGUGAACUUCUGCAUGUUCUUAUCGAGCACUUGUUUGCAAGGAAGCUCUUGGUUUCUUUUGUUUACUAGUAUUCUUAUCAAUUUAUUAUCAGACGGUUUUCCAAACGACGCCGUAGACUACCGUUGGCAUAGAAACGGUGUUUUCAUAGCCCGCCAUACAAUGGCCCAGUUCACGGUCAUCGCUUCUCAAGUAUCCAGCAGAGUUCUAAAGUUUGAUGUUGGUACGUUUUUAUUGUUAAAUUUUCAUUUUCACCUUUCAUUCAAUGCGCGCGUUUUGGCCUCGUUACUUUCUGUUUCGGAUUCACGUAUCAGGUGCCUGUAAACGGCAAAACGAUUCCGGUUCCAAAAUUCUUUGGUUCGAAUCAAACCAUUAGGAAAAUAUCCUCUAGUGCAUUUAAAAAAACUUAGGAUCGCCUGUUGAUUCGUUCUCUAGUGUUCACUCAAAACUGUGGAGAACAAGAUGCGGCCCAUUCCGGUAUCAAGCUUACUCAUAAUAGGUGAAACUCUCUUUCAAUGUUGCCAUGGCUCUUUUUCCUAACUCGCCUUUAGAUUUUACUUUUAUGGAAACAGAAACAAUAAGUUCAUGAAAAUGGCCAACGGUGCCGGCUAACGGUGUGUUGAGAGACCAGUGAUAUUCAUUUCAAUGAAUCAAAAUGUAAACAUUGCCUUGAGCUCCGCUGAAAAAUCUGCUCAGUUAUUGCAAUAUUUUUAUAUGCUUUGUAAGCCAGUCAUGCACUUUUUAAUCUUUACCUCAGGCCUCUUUACCUUGUUGGAUAUGUCAUUUCUCUUGCAAAGGAGCUUGGGAUACUACCUGAUUCAACUGUAUCUUCCGUGUAUUUUCCUGGUCAUGCUCAGUUGGCUCGUUUUUUGGAUGAGUCCCGAGAGUGGAGGGGACAGACUCACCGUUGGCAUCACCUGUAUUCUUACAAUCGUCUUUCUACUGGGCUACGUUAACGGCAUGCUGCCUAAGGUUUUGAGCUCUUUUUUGACAGUUUUCAGUUUCUUUUAUCUUCAUUUGCUUGCGAGCAAGCUCUACAUUUGAUAUGGCGAGCAAAGCGAGCCCCGGGAACGCUGCCUCGCACGCGCGUCU